AGUGCGGGCAGGUGCGUCGUCCAGAGUAUAAUAGUUUUGCCAACUUUUACGACCGGUCCAGUGUCCGGAUGGCAUUUGAUUGGUGGUCAGCAUGUCCAAGUUGUUGACAGUUGCGUUAGUUGGAUUAGUGGUGCUGCUGCUGCUGCUGGGUCGAGCAUCCAGUGGGGAAGUUGGUGAAAACUUUCCGAGCAGUGCCGACAUUGUGGACAUCUUUGGAAAACUGCUCGCCAGACAACAGUCGGAGGCGAACGCCACGAGAUGUGAACUUCAGCUGCAGGAGUUUUUCGAGGGUUUGGCGAGCUUAAAGGAGUACUGGGCAAUACAAAUGUUUGACGCGUGGGGAAAGAUUCCAUCCGGAAUCCUGAGCGGUAACUUUUAUUCCCUCGGAGAUUAUGACCAGUGCCGGAAGGCGGCAUCGCCGCCAACGAGCGCCGGACUCAUCCGUGGUCGCUACUGCCAGGUGUCGAUUCCGCUGAGCUUCUUGUUCUCGGCGCUGGGGAAGCAAUCGGGACGGGGGCUUCCGAGCAGUUCCAGAGCCCCUGGACUAUCCAUGGGAAGCUGCUUGCCGGACUCUUGUGAUACUUCCGAGUUAAAGCCGUUAAUGGAUGCGACUAUUGGUGUACUGCUUAAUUCGACGAACCUCGGAGUGACUUGUGACGUAUCUGUUCCGGACGUUGGCACCAAAGAAAUUGUAGCCAUCGUGAUCUUCAGCGCAGUCGCCACUCUGAUGGUUUGUAGCACGGUGUACGACGUGUUUGCCACCUUGACCGGUAGAACCGCUCGGCAAGCGUGGACCAUGUUCUCCGUGUACUCGAACGGAGUGAAAUUGUUCACGAUUGCGCGGCGACCGGCGGCGGGAACUUUGUACGUCAAAUCGGACCAGAUCGACUGUCUCAAUGGAAUCCGGGUGCUGUCGAUGGUGUGGAUCGUGUUCUGCCACAACUACAUGACGAUCAUAAUGUCGACGAUGAGCAACGCGAUAGGAAUUUAUGAUUGGAUCAAAUCCUACCAUAGUAUGCUGAUCGUCGGUGGAACGGUCUCCGUGGACUCGUUCUUCCUGCUGAGUGGAAUGCUGAUCGCUUGGAGCGUCCUGAAGGAACUCAACACGCGCCGCAAGCUGAACGUCCCACUCAUGUACCUGCACCGGUAUCUCCGGCUGACGCCGGCUUUUGCCGCGCUCCUUCUCUUCACGUGUACCCUGAUGAAGUACUGCGGGUCGGGGCCUUUUUGGAGCACGCUGAUCAAGAGUACGGAGGACGCUUGCGACGAGUACUGGUGGUCUGCGCUGCUGUACGUGCAGAACUACGUCAAUCCGAAGCGGAUGUGCCUCGGACAUUCGUGGUAUCUGUCGGUAGAUAUGCAGCUGUACCUGCUGUCUCCGUUGAUCGUCUAUCCGCUGUGGAGGUGGGGUCGCCGAGUGUUGAUCGUGAUCGCUGGGUUGAUUCUGGCCGCGAUGGGGUGCGUUGUGGGUUCGUUUCUGGCGAACGAUUUGCGGUUGGCGUUUGUCGAUGCGGGGAGGACGGACCAGAGCCGGAUGGCUCUCACGUAUCAACCAACGCAUACGCGGAUGGGAGCGUGGCUGCUUGGGGUUAUUUUGGGGUAUGUGUUCUUCCAAACUAAACACAGAAGGGUUGUAAUGUCACGAGUGGUGGUAAUCGUUGGUUGGGCAGUGUCGCUGAUCGCUAUGCUGGCUAUCAUUUUUGGAGACUACCCGUUCCAGCAGCCGGACAGCUAUAUGGACCACAGCAUCGCGUGGGAUGCGAUGUACGAGUCUAUGAACCGAGUCGUUUGGGCCGGAUGUCUCGGCUGGAUCGUGUUUGCCUGCAUCAACGGUUACGGAGGUCCGGUGAACACCCUGCUUAGUCUUUCAGUGUGGCAACCUCUGGGUAGACUCUCGUACAGCAUCUACCUGCUACAUCUACCCCUCCAGUUGAUGCUGGCCGGAUCACGGCGAAACUCCGUCCACUUUGACGAUGUAACCGCCAUCCACAAGUUCUGGGGUGACUUUGGUCUCACCGUGACCCUAGCUGUACUGUGGUCGCUUGCGUUCGAGUCUCCAAUCGUCGUGCUGGAGAAGCUUCUCUUUGGAUCUCUGAGGAAAUCCACCCCCGACCAACCGCUCGUUCCCGAAAAUCAACCCCGGAGAGACUCCGGAUCUGCCUCGACGGCGAGUCUUCCCGGAAAAGAUCCACCGGCGUGAACGAGGACGCCCGCUCUGGGAAAAUUAAAUAAACGUUACCAAGUCGUUGUAGUC